UAACUGAUACUUUGCCUCCCUGGAGUUCGAGGAGUUGCUGUCUGGCUUGAAGAUCUCCAAGGGCCCUGAGGUCUCGUCCUAUGCCGCCCCCAGCCAGCCGCCCGUCACCACAGAAGAGCCACUGUCUCCACAGUCCUUCGCUGUGAAGGGCACCCUGAUGCUGAAGGAGAUGCUGAAGAUUGACAGCUCCUGUUCUGCCCCUGACUCUGCCAAGACCAGUGGGCAGGGAGGGCGUAAGAGGUCCACCAAGAAACUUGCUGCACGGAUCCACAAGUCCCAAGGAGACAUGGCUGCCCAGUUACCCAUGGGCACCAUUGCAUCACAGCUCGCCCACACCUCUGUUGGGUUGGGUAUGGCACUACCAGAGUUUACCCUUAUGAGGAGCCAACAGGGCCUGUCUGUGUGCAAGGUGAAGCUUGCUAACGGCCUCGUGGUGCACGGGCCUCAGUGCCAGUCUGACUGCGAAGCCCAGGAGAAGGCAGCCAUGUUUGCCCUGCAGCGACUGAGCUCACUGCCACUGGCCCAGCCGAUCUUUAAUGGCAUGCAGCCCAUCCGGCCACUGCCACCAGCUCCCCUGCCCGCUGUAUUUGGCCAACCUGCCGGGAGCCUGCUCAUGCCGCCUCUGCAGUGGGGGGCUUGUGUCCCCCACCAGCCUCCACCCUUCUUCCAGGGGACAUUUCCAGGAGCUCGUCCCCCUCCUCCCUCUAUCCCAAUUGGGUCCCACAACCAGUUCGUCCCCAUGCAGGUAACAAAGAAUCGUGUGUCAUAUCGAAAAGCCCAGGAGACGAGAGAUUUUUUCUGCCCUUCGUACAUGGGGGGGCAGGGCAUGGCGCCCCCUUUCCCCUCCCAGGCUGAAGCGGGCGAUGCGCUGCCUUCGACCGACCACCCAGCUCCCCCAGAGCCCUCGAGGAAAGACGGGCCCAGGACGCCCCGGACGCCGAGGCAGAACGCUACCCACCACACCCCCGGCUCCGCCUCCAAGAGGAAACCCAGGAAGCUGGCGGUGAACUUUGAUGCUGCAAAGGUUUCUGAAUAAGAUUCCCCCUCCAAGAUGGGUUGUUCUUUUAAAAAGUAUUUUAGUUUCUCACCAGAUGCACAACGGGACCAAGAACAGUUCGCAGGACCUUGUUUGUCUCUUGUUUCUAUCAUGAGAGCUGUUUUUGGAGACAGCCUGGGUCCACCUGGAGGUUCAUUUUAUUAACCAACUUCCACUUAAUCUAAUCUUCACCUGCUUUGUGUUCCCGUUGGCACGACAACCUGACUUUUAUUUGUUCUUAAUCCAGACAUUUCUAAGGCAGCAAAAAGAAAAAAAGUUUUGUAUCGGUGCACAUUUUACUCUUUUUACUAAUAUGUUUGGGUGCAUGUCUCCCUGUUUUUGCUGCUCUAAAAUGGCUUUUCUGCCCUCCUGUGCAGAUUGAUGCUCUGUGCUGGAGUCCUGAGUAUAAUUGGGGAAAGACCUGCAUCUUCUGUAUCUCCUGCCACUUGAUCUUUCAGUAGGCACUCUGUGUGUGUAAUUUUACUUUAUUUUUUUCUCUCAUCAGAUAAUGCAGACAUGCCAGUUUCAGUUUAGCCACGUUAAAUGUCCUGGCAGCUAUAAACACAGAGGCAUGCUUUUGUUGGUCAGCUGGAUUUCGAACUUGUAUGCUGCUUUGCAUCACUUUACAUUGCUUUAAAAAUGAAUUUGUAGUUUAUUUCUGAUCACCUGGCAGGAGAAAAAAUACUUUUAAAGACACAAUUAUGUUUUAAAGUAUUAAUGAAAUGUAUCCGUGCACCAUUUAUUUGCCCUUGAAUCUGAAUCGUUUAUCAAUGGAAAAUACGUUUUGUAUACUUUCAUGUUUCUGGAAAUAAAGUCUUGCCAUCAUGCUA